AUGAGAAACGACCUCAUUACAUUGACUCGCUCCGCAACGAACGCCAGCUACUCCGGCAUUGACCCUUCUUCCAAGGACUUCAGUCUGGACAAAUGGCUUCGCGCAUUCAUCAAGGACUUUGAUGCUGAGAGUGUCAAGGCUACACGUGCCGGUAUCGUUUGGAGAAACUUAUCGGUCUCUGGUUCAGGUGCAGCUCUGCAGCUUCAGGACACAGUUGCUGGAAUUGCUUUGAAGCCUUUGGCCACGAUCAAAUCUCUCCUCUCGCGCAGCGGCGAGAGAAAGCACAUUCUGCGCAACUUCAACGGUAACCUCAAGUCUGGCGAGCUUCUCAUCGUCCUCGGACGUCCUGGAUCUGGUUGCAGUACCUUCCUCAAAUCACUCUGUGGUGAAACCACUGGACUUCAUAUCGACGAUGGCUCUAUCAUUCACUACAACGGUGUCGACCAGAAGCAGAUGAUGAAAGAGUUCAAGGGCGAGGUCGUUUACAACCAGGAAGUCGACAAACACUUCCCUCAUCUUACUGUCGGUCAAACCCUGGAGUUUGCUGCGUCCACACGUACUCCUUCCCACCGUAUUCGUGGCAUGUCGAGAAAGGACUUCUCCAGACAUACUGCCAAAGUCAUCAUGUCAGUCUUUGGCCUCAGUCACACAUACAACACCAAAGUCGGUUCCGAUUUCGUUCGUGGUGUAUCCGGUGGUGAGAGAAAGCGCGUCAGUAUCGCCGAAAUGGCUCUAACUGGAUCGCCUCUUGGUGCGUGGGACAACUCGACCCGUGGUCUUGAUUCUGCAACUGCUUUCAAGUUUGUCAACUCAUUGCGCACUUUGGCAAAUCUUGGUGGAUCUGCCCACGCUGUCGCUAUCUACCAAGCAUCGCAGCAAAUUUACGAAUUGUUCGAUAAGGCCAUCGUUCUCUACGAGGGUCGCUGUAUCUACUACGGGUCUGCCCCCAAAGCUCGUGCAUUCUUCGAAAAGCAGGGUUGGCAAUGUGACCAACGUCAGACGACUGGUGAUUUCCUGACUGGACUUACUAACCCUUCUGAGCGCAAAGUUCGCAAGGGCAUGGAGAACAAGGUACCUCGUACCCCAGAGGAAUUCGAGAAAAAAUGGCUUGAGUCUUCGGCCUACAAGGCAAUGGUCAACGGCAUUGAUGAGCAUGAGAAGUCAGUCUCUGGAGAGAAGAUGGUUGAGGCUUUCCGUGAGAACAAGGGCGAAGCUCAGGCAGACCACACUCGUCUCAAGUCACCAUACAUGAUCAGUAUUCCUAUGCAGAUCAAGCUCAACACCGUCCGAUCAUAUCAGCGCAUCUGGAACGAUCUUCCCUCCACGGCUUCUGCAAUUCUCGUCAACGUCUUCAUGGCUCUCAUCAUCGGUUCAAUCUUCUACGGUACUCCAGACGCUACGGUCGGCUUCAUGUCCAAGGGAGCAGUUCUGUUCUUCGCUGUUCUGCUCAACGCCUUAACUGCCAUGAACGAAAUCAACAGUCUCUACGCCCAACGCCCAAUCGUCGAAAAGCACAAGUCCUACGCGCUUUACCACCCAGCAACGGAAGCCAUCGCCGGUAUUGUCAGUGAUAUCCCUGUCAAAUUCGUUACUACCACUGUGUUCAACCUGAUUCUCUAUUUCCUCUCUGGUCUUCGACGAGAACCGUCUCAAUUCUUCAUCUACUUCUUGAUCACAUUCAUCAUUGGACAGAUCAUGUCGGCCGUGUUCCGCACCCUGGCUGCUGUCACGAAAACGAUCUCUCAAGCCAUGACACUCGCUGGUAUUAUGGUGCUCGCACUCGUCAUCUACACUGGUUAUGUUCUACCAAGACCAUACAUGAAGGACUGGUUUGAGUGGAUCCACUACCUCAACCCUAUUUACUACGCUUUCGAGAUUCUGAUCGCCAAUGAGUUCCACGGACGAGAGUUUACCUGCUCUCAAUUUGUACCUGCUUAUCCCAACUUGGUAGGCGACCAGUUCAUCUGCUCUCAGACUGGUGCAGUUGCUGGCCGACGUACCGUCAGCGGUGACAGUUACAUUCAGGCUGCUUAUCAAUACAGCUACUCGCACGUCUGGAGAAACUUCGGAAUCAUGAUUGCCUUCUUGAUUGGUUUCAUGGCUAUGUACUUCGUCGCUGUCGAGAUCAACUCUUCAACUACCAGCACCGCCGAGGUUCUUGUUUUCCGCAAGGGACACGCACCCGCAAAUCUUACUGGCCAGGUCAAAGAAGGUACCAACGACGAAGAAGCAGCUCCUGCACAAGGCGCUGGUUCGAACGAACACACCGAAAGCGACAAGGUCGAUGCCAUCCCCGCUCAGAAGGACAUCUUCACCUGGAGAGAUGUGGUCUAUGACAUUAAAAUCAAGGGUGAGCCUCGUAGACUUCUGGACCAUGUCUCAGGUUACGUCAAGCCAGGAACUCUCACUGCACUUAUGGGUGUCAGUGGUGCUGGUAAAACAACUCUUCUGGAUUCUCUUGCUCAACGUACAACUAUGGGUGUUAUCACUGGUGACAUGCUAGUCAACGGCAAGCCCAUUGAUGCCAGUUUCCAGAGAGGUUGUGGUUACGUGCAACAGCAAGAUCUCCAUCUCGAAACAGCCACCGUCCGCGAGAGUUUGCGUUUCAGCGCCAUGCUUAGACAGCCUAAAUCUGUAUCCAAGCAAGAGAAGUACGACUACGUUGAGGAUGUCAUCAAGAUGCUCGACAUGGAAGACUUUGCCGAAGCAGUCGUUGGUGUCCCUGGUGAAGGUUUGAACGUCGAGCAGCGCAAGCUUUUGACAAUCGGUGUCGAACUUGCCGCCAAGCCUAAGCUCCUCCUCUUCCUUGAUGAACCCACCAGUGGUCUUGACUCUCAGAGUGCCUGGGCCAUCUGCGCAUUCCUCCGCAAGCUCGCCGACGCCGGUCAAGCCGUCCUCUGUACCAUCCAUCAGCCCAGUGCCGUCCUCUUCCAGGAAUUCGACCGUCUUUUGUUCCUGGCCAAGGGAGGUAAGACUGUCUACUUCGGAGACAUUGGAGAGAACUCUAGAACUCUUCUCGACUACUUCGAGGCCAACGGAGCCAGACACUGUGACGACGAGGAGAACCCUGCCGAAUUCAUGCUCGAGAUUGUCAACGCUGGUUCUUCUGGACAAGGUCCUGACUGGCACGAUGUAUGGAAGAAGAGUGACGAAGCCAAGGACGUUCAAAAGCAGAUCGACAAACUCCAUGAGGAAUCCAGCCACAGAGCUCGCGAACACGAGCCCACUCCGGAAGAGCUCAGCGAAUUUGCCAUGCCCUUGACCACUCAGAUCUCGGUCGUCACUCACAGAGUCUUUCAGCAGUACUGGCGUAUGCCAUCUUACAUUCUUGCCAAGUGGACACUCGGUACCGCUGCUGGUUUGUUCAUUGGUUUCUCCUUCUACCAGGCCGACUCUUCGACUCAAGGUCUUCAAAACGUCAUCUUCUCGGCUUUCAUGGUCUGUACCAUUUUCUCGUCUUUGGUCCAACAGAUCAUGCCUCUUUUCGUCAGUCAACGUUCGCUUUACGAAGUACGUGAGCGCCCCAGCAAGGCAUACUCGUGGAAGGCCUUCAUCUUGGCCAACAUUGUCGUCGAAAUUCCUUACAACAUCGUCUUGGCUGUCUUGGUGUUCGGCUCUUACUACUACGCCGUCCAGGGUAUUCAGACUUCGUUGCAGCAGGGUAUGGUCCUUCUCUUCCUGAUCGAGUUCUUCAUCUACGCCGGUACCUUUGCGCAUCUCUGUAUCGUCGCCAUGCCUGACGCUCAGACCGCUGCUGCCAUUGUCACACUCUUGUUCGCCAUGUCUCUGCUCUUCAACGGUGUUAUGCAAGCCCCUGAUGCUCUUCCCGGCUUCUGGAUCUUCAUGUACCGCGUUUCGCCCUUCACUUACUGGAUCGGCGGUAUCGUCGCAGCUCAAUUGCACGGAAAGGCCAUUGUUUGCAACGAUGUCGAAACCAGCAUUUUCAACCCUCCUCAAGGUCAGACUUGUGGCCAGUACUUGGCCGCUUACCUGACUCAAGCCCCUGGUUACCUUCAGAACCCUGAUGCCACCAACGACUGUGCUUACUGCGCUCUCAGUUCAGCCGACCAGUUCCUCGCUGGUAGCAACAUUUACUACAGCCAGGUCUGGCGCAACUUUGGCAUCUUCUGGGCGUUCGUUGUGUUCAACAUCUUCGCUGCCGUGUUCCUUUACUGGGCUUUCCGUGUCACCAACUGGAGCCCUGCUGGACUCAAGGAGAAGUUGAAGGGUCUUCACUGGCCUAGACACGAGCCUUUGGCCAAGAACAAGGAGGGUGAGAAGCAGAGAAACGUCGCUCACCCCUAUUAG